AUGAUGGCGUCCCCGGCCCCUGAUCAAUUUUACACAGACCUUCUGGAUGAUGUAGACAUUAUGGAUGUGAGCUCUGACUCCCACGCCGCCGCCACGGUACGGCCGGUCAGUCUGGAUCUUUCUUCUCCAUUGUCCUCUCUUCAAGACGCGACCCUCUCUCCUCGAAGCUCUGGAAGUUCAGAUAUGGAUAGGAACCAGAACAAGAGACCUGCGCAAGCUCAGGCUACCCCCCAGCGCCCUUCCAAGCGUAUCACUACUGAGCACAGCCCAGCCGGAUAUUCGACCCCAGGCUUUGAUCCCAAUAAAAUUGACUUCGAGAUCACUGACGCGGACAUCCUCAAUCCUGCUAAUGCCGACGCUACCGCUGUCGCUGACUUUCUGUCUGACAUGGACAAAUUGAUCGCUACUCCGACUGAGAAAAGACGCACCCCUCGUCAGAAUCUCCAGGCCUUCCUGAUCCAGCAGCAGCUUCUCGCUGGUAUCCCUGUUGAUCGUCUCGAGCCCAUGAAUGGCCCCGGAUCGCGUCAGGCCAUUUCCCCUCAGGGAGCCCUGAGGCGCUUCAAUACGCCUCCUGCCAUGACGGUGACGCCUAAUGCCACUUUCAUUCCGCAUAUACCACCUGCGCAGUUCCUUGGCGGGGUUGUUCCUCUCCCAAUCCAUGAAUCACUGCCAAACCCAUCGUGGAUGAAGAAGGCAAACGAGAAUAGCGGUGUCAAUUUGUCGGAUCCUGUGACUCCCACCCAAAACUCGGUCACUUCAACCGAGUCCCCAAAGGUGAACAAUCCCCAGACCCCAGACAAUACUACAGGCAUGUCCACUUACUUUUCCUCAGUCGCAGAGCAGGCGGCACUAACUCGGUUCUAUGCUGAACACUUCUCGACUGGUUCUGAUCUCCUGCAACAGCCUGUCGCUGCGCCUGCUGAUGCAAAGCUGGAUGAUGACACCGAAGACGAAGGGCUGCCCUCACAGCCGAGCAAGUCUGAGAGUGAUACCGAGAUAGGACUAUUGUGA